AUGGGACAAGGAGCUUCAACACCAGUAGAACCACCUAAACCAAAAAAGAAGUUGGGAAUUAAAACAGGCAAACCAAUUUGCUGUUGCUGUCCUGACACAAAGAAAGCAAGAGAUGAAUGUGUGGUAUUCCGUGGAGAAGAAGAUGCGGACUGUAUCAAGCUGAUUGAAGCACACAAGAUCUGUUUGCGAGACGAAGGGUUUGACGUAAAAUAA